UCCAGCCGAGCCGGGCCGGGCACGGCAGCGGCCCCCGGCGCGGCGGGGCACCAUGGCGAAAGUGCUGGCGGCCCUCAGGAACCACUGGAAGAAAUCCACGUUCGGAGCCUGCCUGCUGGGCUGGGGCGGACACUGGCUCUAUGGGAAACACUGUGAUAACCUGCUACGAAGAGCUGCAUGCCAAGAAGCCCAGGCUUUUGGCAACCAGCUGAUGCCUGCCACUAUGCCAUUGAAGAAAGCAACAGUCUUGCUCAACCCAGCAGCUUGCAAAGGCAAAGCUGGGAACCUUUUUGAAAAGAAUGCUGCACCAAUCUUGCACUUAUCUGGCUUGGAUGUAACUAUUGUUAAGACUGAUUACGAGGGACAAGCAAAAGAGCUUCUGGAACUAAUGGAAAACACAGAUCUGAUCAUUGUUGCAGGAGGAGAUGGCACAGUCCAAGAGGUCAUAACUGGACUUCUCCGUAGAGCAGAUGAGGCUGCCUUCAGUAAGAUUCCUAUAGGAUUCAUACCCCUUGGAAAAACUUGCACUUUGAGCCACACACUGUACCCUGAGUGCACAAAUCAAGUCCAACAUAUUACUAAUGCUACAUUGGCCAUUUUGAAAGGAGAGACAGUUCCUCUUGAUGUCUUACAGAUCAAGGGAAAAAAGGAGCAGCCUGUGUUUGCAGUCUCUGGUUUAAGAUGGGGAUCUUAUAGAGAUGCAGGAGUUAAAGCUAGCAAGUACUGGUACCUUGGGCCUCUGAAAACCAAAGCAGCUCAUUUGUUCAGUAUAUUUAAGGAGUGGCCUCAGAAACAUCAAGCUUGUCUCAUGUACGUGGGUCCAACUGAGAGACCUCCAGAGGAGCCAGAGGAGAAAUCAUCCAGACCUCCUUUGUAUGUGAGGCUUUACCGACGGCUGCGAUCAUACUGGUCAUCUCCAAAAGAGUUCCCCCAGGAGAUAGCCCCUGAGGACUGGGAGAAGCUGAAGCUGUCCACCAUUGAGCUUUCCAUUGCAACUCGGAACAAACAGCUUGAUCUAGCACGCACUAAGGACUUCAUGGACAUUUGCAUCGAGGCAGAGUGUGUCAGCAAAGGGGAGUUUGUUCACAGAGGAAGUCAAAAGAUGCGUGACCCACACAUGUGCCCUGAAGGGAGUCAGUGCAUCCAAGCCAGCAGAUGCAUCUUGCAACUUCCAGAGGGCACUGAGGGAUCCUUUGGCAUUGAUAAUGAGGAGUAUGAAGCGAUGCCUGUGGAGGUGAAGCUCCUGCCCCGCAAACUCCGCUUCUUCUGUGACCCCAAAAUCAGAGAGCAGCUGCUGCAGGCAGUGGUGCACUGACAGCUCAUGGCAGAGGGGCCAGUGUUCACCAGGGUCUGUCUCUUCAAGGCAUGUGAGACCUAACCAACCUGAUUAACCCCACUAGACUAAUAAGCCUUUUGGCUAUUUUUAUGUGCAAGGUACUUCCAUUGGAAGUGUAUGACUUGACUGGUCUCAAAGGGGUUAAAAAUGCAAAUGAAAAUUCUGAAAAAUGCAUGUUAACUUGAUGACAUCUUUUCUUCCCCCUCCUCUAAGAAGUCAUCAUUUACAUAAUUUACAGCACUACAGGCUGAGUGCUGUGUGCCAGAUGCUACUGCUGUAAUGCAAUUGUAUAUUAAAGUACAAUUUAAGUAGACUUGUCCUUGUGUUCUAAGAGUUUAGGUUUACUUUACCCAUGUAAAAAUCUUGCAAAACCUGGGGUCCUGGGAAAAAAAUAUUUGGGGGGAAUAAUGCUAAGGAAUUCUGUGAAAUAUUGGAAUUGGCACAUUAAAAUAGAUGGUUGGUUAUUGACUCUGUCACAAAAUAAACUGGAGGUUGGUGAUACAAAGCUUUGGAGCAAGUUUAAAAAUUCCCCAUAUGUAUCUUGAUAAUAUAUUUGUUAAUUUUUUCAUCCUGCCAGAUUCAACAGCACAGAGUUCCAAUAAUUACAUAGUAGAAAUGUAUUCCUUUGGCCAAUUUAGGUAUAUUGUACAGAAGCAAAUUGGAAAACAUCAUUGACCCAAAGCUGUAUGAAGUACUUUUGGACAGACUCUUUAACAAGCUGAGUGAGUCUUUUUUUUUUUUUUUGUUUUUUGUAAAUAUUCCUUUUAUUCCUGCAGUAGUAAAUGCCAGUAAGGAUAUCCAAAUAAAGUUUAUUAUUUAUUGUG